UUCAGACCUGUGCCUUCUCAAGGUGACUUCCAACAACAGGUGGCAUCAAACCAUCACCAUCACACACCAGCAGUUGGAGUUAUAGAUGGGGAACGGCCCCUGUUUCCUCUGCCAUUUUUUUUUUUAGAUUUUUGGUCUGGGACGUAGAAUAACCAUGCCUGUUCCAGAUGUUAUGUUCUGUGCGCAGCAGAUUCAUGUUCCACCUGAGCUGCCAGAUAUUAUGAAACAGUUUACCAAGGCUGCUAUCAGGACCCAACCACGUGAUGUACUCCAGUGGUCCUAUGGGUAUUUCUAUGCUUUGUCACAUGGAGAGCCUCUUCCUGUGAAGGAACGUGUUGAAGUGCCAGUAGCCACACAGAAAAAUGACACAGGUCUGACACCAGGACUCCUUAAAAUUUUGCAUAAACAGCUUUCUGAAAAGGGAACUGUGGAGCUACCAGAUCUUCAGAGAAAAUGGAAAAACUUGUGCUUGCCAAUGGCACACCUGCACAACCUUCUUCGACUGGACGACUUUUCGGAAGGAAUUGAAUGGAUGAAAUUUUUUGCCCUUGGUUGUAGUGCUCUUGGUGGGUCCUUGCAGAGUUCCAUGAAACAUGCCUGUGAAAUUCUAACAAAUGAUCCAGAGGGGGCAGCAGCCCGCAUUCCAUAUGACACAUUUGCAUUCCUUUAUUCCUACUUGGCUGGCUUAGAUGAGGAAAUAACAGAGGAGUCAGUAGAGUCUUUUCUCAAAGCUCUUAAGGAACAUGUGGCAUCUAAAGAAUAUAUGGUUGGACCUGCAGAUUUCUCCGCUGUUCAAAAGAAGCCUUAAAACAAAGAAGAGGAUGAGAAACUUUACUACCUAAACAGAACUUAAAUGUGGAAAAGCAUCAUUGUGUGCAAAUAAAAUACAGCUUUAAAAAAAUAAUUUUAAAAAUUGCAGCCUGCUUUUGUGUUAGCAGUAAUGAAGUAGCUUCAUGUCAGAACAUGAUACUUGGCGGGGCACUGUUUGGUAGUUUCCAAAGAGGAGAUCUAGAGGAGAUAACUGUAAUGAGUGAUCAAUUGAUAGAGAUUUUUAAACUUUGAAUGCCAUAGUUAAGUUAGACUUCAGUAAGAUGUAUGCAUAAUGGUACAUAAUGCAAUAUCCAAUUACUGUAUCUGAUUUUGCAGGGUAAAUAUUUCAGCACUCCUAUAUAUUUAAUAAUUACUAGAUUGACAAUUCUUAGAUUGGGAAGUACAGGCAUAAAUGAUUUCUGCACACAUCCUGUGGCUAGAGUCUACAUCCUGCAUUCUAGGCCAUGAUGUUGAGCUACUGGAUUAUGACUGUGUAGAAAGCAUUGAUAGCACCAAUUGCCUGGCCAGGUGUGAGAUGGAAUGGGGACUGACUGGAUUAAAUUUUGCAGAAGAAAUGGAUAGUGUCUAAACUGAUUGUACUACCCAGUGGAUGGAUAUGUGUGAAUCUGUGGACUAGUAUCCAAAAGUACAAUAUCAUUCAAAUCCACUAAACAGUGAUACCUUUAUUGGGCCAACCAAAAUGAACAGAAUAUGUGUUGCAAGCUUUUCAAGCUUCACUGGCUAGCUCAUCAGGCAAAGGUGUUAAAAAUCAUACAGAAGGGGGGAAAUUACUAUGUUAAUCACAGUCCUGCUGUUUGUCAAGAUACUAUUGUUCAGCUGUUAAUAUACUGUGAGAACACUGCAAACAUUUUAUGCUUUUUUAUCUGCCAAAAAGUUGCUCUUCAUAUAUUUGCACUACACUUUUAAAAACGUUCUUUGUUCCAAAACCAGAAAUAAGAGCGAAUAAAAAUCUAAGGUGCAGAGAGGGUGACAGGUCAUCUCCUUCUGAUGCUGUCAUUCUUUAUCUGGUUGUUUCUUUUAAAAUUUAUUAUAUCACAUCAAUAUGGUUAUUAUUUAAAGCUAAAUAUAGAUAUCUAUCUUUUCAAAGCACAAUCAAUGGAACUUCAAAAACAUCCAAAUAUUAAGCAGUACUGCAUUGGAGAAUGUUUUUUUUUAAACCCUUAUUUUAGUGCAGCACCUAUUUCAGUAUUAAUGGUUUUAUAAUGAAAUGGUAGUCACUUAAAUUCUGUUGCAGUUGCCUCUCUCCUGUGGUGCUGAGGCUAGUUGCCUUGUCCACAUCUGCAUCAUUUAGUUGUACAUAGACUUGAAACUUUUAAUGAAAAGGUACACAUUAUGUCCCAAAUGUGGAGUAGGAUUUUCACUUAAUAGUUCAACUUGCUGUUAUGUUUUCUGUUGUGGUUAUGAUGGAAAAUAUGUAACUUCUGAAAAUUUUUCAUGUGAGUUAUUUAUAAAACGAAAUCCACAUACAUUUCCUUUUACCACCAUUCACUGGUAGACUCAAGUAAUAUAAGUUUUUAAAAAGCUCUAUUCAGGCGUUCCAAAAUGAAGAUGUAGUGGAGUCUCCUGCCUUGGAGGUCCUCAAACGGAGGCUGGAUGGCCAUCUGUCGGGGAUGCUUUGAUUUGGAUUUCCUGCAUGGCAGGGGGUUGGACUGGAUGGCCCUCUAUGAUUCUAUGUGAAUGAAUGAAUGAAUGAAUGAAUGAAGAGAAGUGUGUUAAUCUCCCAUUUCCUGCAGGAUAGCCCAUAUUCCAAACGACAUGAUUAGAUGCUGAUUCAGAAAGUAGCCUUCUACAAGUAAAAGGGCAAGAAAAGUGAAAAUGGUCUGGUGGGUGAGGACAACUAGCUCAUUCUCCACAUUUACUUCUAGUUUGGAAAACCUAUAGGGGUUAGCUUUUUUUUUCAUAAGAAACUCUCUUUUGGGAAGGGUGUUCUUGCAGUAAUUUACUGUUAGCCCAUGAACUUGCAAUUCAGUAAUUUAUAUUGUAAUUAUGUACAGUUAACAUUUUACUAAAUAAAACCU